CAGAUGGAGAGGCGUAUAGAAACACAUUCAAUACACAGUCAGUCUCCAGGAAGACACCAAGCUCUCCACACAGACGUCAAAAUGCAGAGUAAUGGCAAAGCAUCUGGUUUUUGGUCUGGUAAGCGAGACCCCUCUGGUGCACCAAAGACUGCGUCACCAUCUGUAUUUAAAUUGACUAGUGCAAACUUAACAGCCUCAGACCAAAACCAAAGCCUUCCAACACCAGUAUCUACUACAUCAGAGGAGAACUUACCACCAGCUACUGAGAUACCCUCACAAGCGCCGGCAGCUAAUGGAGGUUCCUCCACUGAGGUAUUCGAUGUUCAAGACACAACGGUACAACCAGACAAUGUCCUAGGACAACAGUAUGAGUACAAGAUCCGUCCAUGUAUUGAUCUCAUUGACUCGUUGAGGUCAUUGGGCGUGGAGAAGGAUCUGGGAUUGCCGGCGAUCGCUGUGAUUGGAGAUCAGAGUUCUGGAAAAAGUUCGGUUUUGGAGGCUCUAUCUGGGGUCAAUCUUCCCAGGGGCAGCGGUAUUGUGACACGAUGCCCCCUGGUCCUAAAAUUGAAAAAAUCCAAGAAGAAUUCCCCAUGGAAAGGCAAAAUAAGCUAUCUAGAGCAGGAAGUGGUAGUGAAAUCUCCAGCGGAGGUGGAGAAAGAAGUUCGGAAAGCCCAAGACCAUAUUGCUGGUGCUGGUAAUGGAGUCAGUGAAGAGCUCAUCACCCUUGAAGUAGAGUCUCCAAAUGUCCCAGACCUGACAUUGCUCGAUCUUCCGGGAAUAACACGAGUUGCUUUACCCAACCAACCUCCAGAUAUAGGACAACAGAUCAAGAAUAUGAUCACGAAGUACAUAAAAAGGCAGGAGACCAUCAAUUUGGCUGUGGUUCCCAGUAACGUGGAUAUUGCCACCACUGAAGCUCUAGAAAUGGCUCGGGAAGUGGAUCCUAAAGGAGGGAGGACACUAGGGAUCCUGACAAAGCCAGAUUUAGUUGACAAAGGAUCUGAACAAGAUGUCGUCAGCGUUGUCCGAAACCUGGUGUACCCUCUUAAGAAAGGCUACAUGAUCGUCAAGUGCCGCGGGCAGAGUGAGAUCCAGAGCAACAUCUCUCUGGAGACCGCCUUACAAAAUGAGAAAGAUUUCUUCAAGAACCAUGAACAUUUCGGGGUUCUUCUGGAAGAGGGACGUGCUACAAUUUCCUUGCUGGCAGAAAAACUUACUGUUCAACUUGUGGAUCAUAUUUCUAGAACGAUACCUAUUUUGGAGGUCCAAAUAAAAAAAAAACUUCAAGAGGCAGAGAAGAAAAUGAAUAUAAUUGGUCCAGGCGUCCCAGAGAUGGAGUCAGAGAAGCUAUUAUUUCUCAUAGAUAGACUCAGACAUUUUAGUUAUGGAAUCACUGAAGUCACUCAAGGAGAAGAAGAGGUCACAUAUGGAGAGCGGAAAUUGUUCACCAUCAUCCGAACAAAAUUCUCCAAAUGGGAAAAGGAAUUGAAGCAAUCAACUGCUACAUUGUGUGAUGGCAUAAUACAGGACAUUACUGAUUAUGAGAACCAACAUCGCGGAAGAGAACUUACAGGAUUUGUCAACUACAAAACAUUUGAAAGCAUUGCAAAGAAUCAAAUCCAGACAUUCGAGGAGCCGGCCAUUGACAAGCUGAACGAAAUCACAGAAUUCGUCAGAUAUAAUUUCAAUAGUACAGCGCAAAAGCAUUUCACCCAAUAUCCGAAUCUCUACAGAACUGCAAAGGGAAAGCUAGAAGAGAUUUGUAGUGAGCAACAAAAGGAGGCUGAGAAAGCAAUCCGCACACAGUUCAAGAUGGAACAGAUCAUAUACUGCCAGGACACCAUUUACGGAGGAUCUCUGAAGGAAAUCCGAGAAAAGGCAAAAUGUGCUACAUUUGGAAUAAAAUCAGAUAUACAAUUGUCUGUUGAGGAAAUGUCCCAACACAUACAGGCAUAUUUACAGAACACGACCACUCAUUUGUUGAAGCAGAUCCCUCUGAUCGUCCUGCACUACAUGCUAAAUGAGUUUGCUGACAAGCUGCAGGCCCAAAUGCUGCUCCUGCUCCAGAAGAAAGACAGCCUUAAUGUGUUACUUGUGGAAAAGGACGACCUGUCCAGCGAGCGUCAGAGUUUAAGAGACCAGAUCAAACGCCUCCGUGCAGCCCAACGGACAUUAGCCAAAUUUCCAUGCUAGUCAUUUUGCCCCUUACCCCAACAUUAUUGGAACAGAACUUUGAGUGAGGGGCUCAACGUCAGCAGAACGAUGAGUGAGGGGCUCAACGUUAGCAGAACGAUGAGUGAGGGGCUCGAGGUCAGCAGAACUAUGAGUGAGGGGCUCCAGGAUUCCCCACUUGUUAUGACAAAUUGCCAUUGGUAUAUUUAUCACAUAAAAGAAGACCCCCGAACCAACUAGUCUGCCAUUAUACUAAUUCCUUUUAGUUUUAUCUUAUUAUAGAUAUGUUUAUCCCUGGGAUGCAGUAUACAGUAUAUAUUUUUGUGUCUGUAUUGUGAAAUUUAAAAACUCCCCCCCGCCCAUG